UCCAGAAUCCAAGAUGGCGACUGCGAAGCUUGAAUAUGUGCCUCUAGAAAAAGAAGGUUUACAACCUCUUGUAGUGCAGUUUACGAAUGGUUGUUUGAAAGCUGGACGUAAAGGGACGAAGAAAGAUGGUAUUAAUUUUUCUUAUUAUCGAUGGAAAGACUCAUCUGAUAUUAGAAAGAAACACAGGAGAACAUUGACAGCUAAGGCAGAUCACAUGGAAUAUGUCGGGCAGAACUUUGGACAGUUUGCAAGAGUGAACAAUUUGUGCAAAUACCUAGUUGGUGUCCUUGAUAAAGAUAGUGGCAAGAUGAAAAUCUAUGAUUCACAGUUGUUUAUGAUGCAGCCUAAAGUAUUAGAAAAAGCUGCAGCAUCUUCACCAAAUGAUGAAGUGGAUGGRAAAAAAGAGUUAUCUUUUAUUGAAAAAUCUGAUCGCUUAACUGAAGCUUUCGGAAGCAGUAAAAAGAAAAGAUCUGUUGCCUCRAGAAAGAAAAAUCUUAUAGAUAAAGAUGACCUAGACAGUACUGUUAUGGAUGCAGUGCAAGGAGAAUUAAUGAACCUGUCUCAAGAAGAACAAAAAACACCAACCACAGAACAGUCAUCUACCAUUCCACCUUUCAACAUUAAAGCAGAAACCCCUUCUGAAGUUUACRAUUUGGAUGACAUUAUCACCCCUGCUGAAUAUGAUGUUCUUAGAAAAUUGUCCAAGGAGUUGGAAGGGGCUAAUAAGGAGCUAAUAGAUCAGUGGAGACAACAGAAGAGAUUUCCAGAGUACAUCUUACAGCAUCUUGCAGUAAUGCCCUUGAAUUCAUCUCAACGAGCUCACAGAUCAUGCUUGUUGUUGUACUUAUCAUAUAUGAUUCRAAUGUAUCAACUAAAGUAUAGUGCUUUAAGAAAGAAAGAUCCACUUCAUGGGUACCCUGACAAAAUCCAAGAAAGACUGUUGUCUACUUUCACUCUUGAAAGUCCACAGCAUUCAAAAAAUGGCAGAUUGAUUCCAAAAAGACUUAAAGACAGGCUGCUAUCUUACAUUCUAGUUCURGCUCUCAUCAUUGAUGAAUUUGUUAUGGAUUGUAURGUCAUAGCAAAAGAUCUAAAGAUGGAUCCCAAAAAGUAAGAUUAAAACAAAUUGCCUAGCAAUCCUGUUAACGGUGCAUUCUCCACAAUUCAAUUAAGCUAUUCAAUAAUACUAGACACCCAGUAAAAACCCCACUCAUAUUUUUCAUAUGAACUAUACACCCAGGAUCUC